AUGUCCCCAAGCAUCUAUCAACCCCUUAGCAGCGACCCCAGAAGUAUGCGAGUUGUCCGUCUCGCGCCAUCAAACAAUUUCGGGCACAUUUCCAUCGCUGCACAAUUGACUGAAACAACUUGGGAUCAUUAUAAUUACGAGGCUCUGAGCUACUGCUGGGGCAAGCCUGACAAAAGCAAAACUAUCCUUCUAAACGGAGAACAAUACCGUGUCACAGAAGAUUUGCAUGAGGCGUUGCUCGAGUUCAGCCUAGCGGAUACCAGCAGAGCGUUAUGGAUCGAUGCAAUUUGUAUCAACCAGGAAGACCAGCAAGAGAAGAGUAGUCAGGUGCAGAGAAUGAAAGAAAUCUAUCGCAACGCCAAAGGUGUUCUUGUUUGGGUUGGCAAAGCAAAGGAGCACACCGACUUGGCGUUGAAACAAGCGAAAAGACUACUCGCCUGUGAUGAUUUUGACACUCAGCAAGCGAUCUGGAACGAGCCGAAUGAGUGGAUUAAAGGCCUCAACGAAAUCAUCGCAAGACCAUACUGGUCUCGCGCCUGGACAGUGCAGGAAGUUGUGGUUUCAGAGACCGCAUUGCUACGCUGCGGUUCUCACGAACUGCCAUUCUUCGAAUUUUCACGGUUCUUGCUUCAACAACAAACACGAAACCACGUCAAAGUCGGAUAUGCUAUAUCUAGCUAUUUGGAAAUGAUUUCCGAAAUGCGAAAGGCCUCGUAUCAAGACCCACCAGCGGGUCCCUUUGGGCUUGCCUACAAACUUCGUCACCGCCAAUGCACAGUUGUACAUGACAGAGUCUACGCCUUCCUCGGGUUGCUGAAAUCCACAGAAUUUCUGAGCACGGGGGAGUUCUCAGUCGACUAUACCAUGGAUGCUGCCGAACUGUGGAUGACAUUUGCCAAAGACACCAUGUCCAGGUUUAACACGCUCAUCCCACUCAUACUCGCCGAGAAUUCUCGGUCCUUGGAGGCGCGUUGGUGCUACGACUGGUCAAAAAAGGUGUACGAACCAAAUUCCCACCUGCACGAAAGACUCUUGUUCUGGACAGGAGGGCUCGAUAGUCCCAACUUCUAUCCUCUGCAAUCGCCCAGUCAUUCAGCGGCAGACGGAUUACCGGCACGUAUUCGAGUCGACACAGGGGCACCGUCCGUCGUAUCAGCUCAAGGAUUCGCAAUCAGCAAGAUCACCAAGGUAGGAACCAGUGUGGGCUCGUUCCUGAUUGGUUUUGGACGGCCCAACUACGUCCAUCUUUUUAAAGAAUGGGAAUCUCUAGUUGGGGGUCCCUGGAAGGAUCCACAAAUGGCAAAGAAAUUUGCGCGCACCGUCACAGGCGGCUCCUGGUCCAAGGAGCCAGAGGAUUGGAGGGUAUGGAAUACCAAGGAUUACUCGGAAAAGGCGUGGAGCUUAGGUUGGCUCGGGAAUGAGUCCUUUCAAGACCACAUCUCAACAACAGGCUACGAAAUGAGUCGCCAUCUUGAACUCCCGGACACCGACGAUCAUUCAAGAUACAAUCGCAUCAGGGACGACGCUUGCGAGGGGCGAAGGAUCUUCUUGCUGGAGAAUGGAGACUUUGGCCUUGGCCCAGAAAGCAUCCAGGUUGGGGACCAUGUUGCGAUUCUUCUGGGCAGUGAAGUUCCACUUGUUUUACACAGACGUGAUCAUGGUGACAUUCUCCGGAGGUUAGUUGAUUUGGAGAACAAGAGGAAGCUCUUCAAGUCUACCUGGAAACUCGUCGGCCAGGCUUACGUACAUGAUUCGAUGAAUUAUGAGGGCAAUCUGGAACACGAUAUUCGUGAUGGCCGAGUAGUUCUUGAAGAGUAUCUUCUCGAUUAG